GGGGUUGCUUCUUCUACACACAUUUCUCUGUCUCUCUCUCUCUCUGUCUGUGCUAAUCUCUCCAACCAAAACCUAACUUAACUCCAAAUCUAACUGAACCAUCAUCAUUAUUCUACUAUUAUCUUCCAACAAUUAGUUUCUAAUUCUUCUCUCUCUAUAGUUUUUUUUCUACAAAUCUUGGUUGUAAUUGUUGAACUUUCACAAUAAUAUUCUCACUUGAAGGUCUUACACAGAGAGAGAGAGAGAGAGAGAGAGAGAUGGAAUUGGAGCAACCACAGCACUACAACAAUCCAGCAUCGAUGACGUUUGACGAGGUCUCCAUGGAGCGUAGCAAGAGCUUCGUCAAAGCCUUGCAGGAACUCAAGAAUUUGAGGCCUCAACUUUAUUCUGCUGCAGAAUACUGCGAGAAGUCUUAUCUUCACAGUGAACAGAAACAGAUGGUCCUGGACAACCUGAAAGAUUAUGCUGUACGAGCCCUUGUGAACGCUGUUGACCACCUUGGGACUGUGGCUUACAAAUUAACUGAUCUACUUGAUCAACAAACCUUGGAUGUCUCAACCAUGGAACUUAAGGUUUCAUCUCUGAAUCAGCAACUACUAACGUGCCAAACAUACACGGAUAAAGAAGGCAUCAGGCAGCAGCAGUUGUUAGCAUUCAUCCCAAGGCAUCACAAGCAUUACAUUUUGCCCAAUUCUGUUAACAAGAAGGUACAUUUUAGCCCGCACAUACAGACAGAUGCUAGGCAAAGUCAUAUUCAAACAAGAUCUCGUGUUUACCCUUCAGGCACCUUUGCUUCAAAAACUCUGUCUUGGCAUUUGGCAUCAGAAACCAAGUCUACCUUAAAAGCUUCCCCACAUGCUUUGAUGACCAGUGAAGAUCCAAAAACUUCUGAAAAAGCUUCUGGGAUCUUCCACUUAGGGGAUGCUGAAGAGGGUACCCGAAUGAAGUCCUCUGCAGUUCCUCUCCAGUUGUCCAAUGGAAGGCAGGCUUCAAGUGCAACUAUGCAAACACUCGGUGUCACACGGAGGGAUUCCAUAGAGGGUUCCAAACAAUUGGCACCUUUCAGGUCGUUUGACAACCAAAACCAGCGUGAGAUUGUCCGUGCACCUGUCCGCAGCAAGAGUGUGCUGUCAUCUUUCUUUGUAAAACAGAAGACUGCCAAACUAAAGACUGUCCCAUGAAUCUUCAUUCAAGCAAGUCAACUAUGAUGCCAUUUUGUUGUCUCGUAUGUUGGUUGAUGACGUGCUUUUCACUUGAUUCAUUCAUUAAUUUCUCACAAAUCAUUCUCUACGUUUCAUUUGGUGCUUAAUAACAAGCAGAAGUGCACUGUAGUCUUGUAAUGAAGACAAUCCAGAUUGUCUGCUUCUUGAGUUAAUGGCUCUGAUCAGUGGUUGCAUGAAGUAAACAUGGCUGACUUUUCGACUUCUAUGCUGUAUUCUGUGUUUUGUUCAUAUGGCUGUAUAGUUAACUAGUUGGCAAUCCUACUGUGAAGAUGGUUUAUAUUGACCAAGCCUUGAUGAGGUGAUAUUUAGUACUUGUUUGUUGCCUAAAUGUAUUGAAUUUAGACUGAGAAAUUUACUUUGCUCUUGGAAAAUCAAAACAGGGCUUGAA